AUGUCGCUGGGUGACGAUCACGAGAGUGAGCCAUUGAAUGGAGACACGACGACAGCGCCACCGCCUGCAUCCGCGCCAGCAGAUCUCAAUACGAAGGAUGUACAUGAUGUUGUUAACUCAGAACUCGGCGUAACAACGUUGCUGAAUAGAUUAAAGCAGAGCAUUGCAAGCGCAAAGGAAUUCGCUCUUUUCUUGAAGAAGCGGUCGGCCUUGGAGGAAGAACAUUCUAAUGGCCUGAAGAAACUAUGCAGAGCUACGACGGAGAACAUUCGACGACCGGAGCAUCGCCAUGGCACUUUCUUGCAGGCCUACGAAUCGGUCACCCACAUCCACGAGCGCAUGGCUGAUAAUGGGGCUCAGUUUGCGAUAUCUCUACAACAGAUGCAUGAAGAUCUAUUGGAGAUGGCUACAACUAUAGAACGAGGGCGAAAACACUGGAAAACUACGGGACUUGCAGCAGAGCAACGGGUCGCCGACACCGAGACUGCAAUGCGCAAAUCGAAGACCAAAUAUGAUUCCCUGGCAGAUGACUAUGAUAGGGCAAGAACCGGGGGAGGACAAUCGGGGAAGAAAUUCGGUCUCAAGGGCCCCAAGUCUCAGCAGCAACACGAGGAAGAUCUUCUUCGAAAGCUACAAGCUGCAGACGCCGACUAUGCUUCCAAAGUCCAGACAGCGCAAAGUCAACGGGCAGAACUUUGGUCUAAAUUAAGACCGGAAGCUGUGAAGGUCUUGAUGGACUUAAUCAAGGAGUGCGACUCUGCAUUGACCUUGCAGAUGCAAAAAUUCGCUUCUUUCAACGAGAAGCUCUUGCUUAGCAAUGGCCUCAAUGUGAGCCCACUAAAGGGAAGCGAGCCUGGGUCUCAAUCUCGAAGUCUACGGGAAGUCGUACAUGCGAUUGACAACGAUCACGACCUUGGCACUUAUAUCAGCAGCUUUGCAACCAAAGUCCCAAAGGCGGUCCCUGAUAUCCAGUACGAGAAGCACUCGACAUUGCAGCAGCCGCAACAGAACAACGUCCCUGCGCCACAGCGCCAAUCAGACCCACCAGCGUCCUUUGCAUCUCGCCAAGGACCUGCGCAGUCAUUCGGGGGUGGGCAAUCCCCUCACCAAACCCAUAUGAGCCAGCCGUUCAAUCAAAACCCGGCUCCUGCCAUACAGCAGCACGAGAGGAGCUUCAGCCAAGGCCCGGCUAUGCAGCAAUACAAUCCCGGCUCUAUGGGUGGUCCUCCGAGAGCCCCUGGUCAUGUACCACCGUACAACUCUGGCUCCAUCAGUGCCAAUGGUCCACCUCAAAUAUCAACACUCCCAUUCCAGAAACCACAGACACCUCCGCCCGCAGUUCAACAGCAGAGCCCAGUAAACGCAUCGAUGUUCUCUCAACCCCCAGUGACUACAAAUGCUUCAACUCUACCGCCUCUGAAGCCUGUCUUCGGAUUAAGUUUGGAGCAACUCUUUGAAAGAGAUGGAUCCGCUGUCCCGAUGGUCGUGUAUCAAUGCAUACAGGCUGUUGACCUGUUUGGAUUGGAACUUGAGGGUAUCUACCGUCUAUCUGGAACUGCAUCUCAUGUGACCAAGAUCAAAGCAAUGUUCGACAAUGGUAAGCAUAACUACGCUUCAAAGGUGGAUUUCCGGGAUCCAGCGAACUUUUUCCAUGACGUCAACAGUGUCGCCGGUCUUCUGAAGCAGUUUUUCCGUGAUUUGCCUGAUCCCCUCAUGACAGCAGAACAGUAUGGUGCAUUCAUUGAAGCUGCCAAAAACGACGACGACAUUGUUCGUCGCGACUCUCUACAUGCUAUUAUCAAUAGCCUCCCUGACCCUAACUAUGCCACUCUCCGCGCUCUGACUUUGCAUCUGAACCGAGUCCAGGAGAACUCUGCCGCGAAUCGUAUGAAUGCUAGCAAUCUGGCAAUAGUCUUUGGGCCAACUCUGAUGGGUGCAAAUACGGGUCCGAACAUUCAAGAUGCUGGUUGGCAGGUCAGGGUCAUCGAUACCAUACUGCAGAAUACGUACCAAAUAUUUGAUGAUGAUUGA